CUUACUGUCCUUAUCCAUCUCUCUUGGCAGUUCUGAUACCUGCUAUGCAAUUACCCUGAACAGCAAAGACGUCCUCACUGGAGACGAAGAGACAUUGACGUCGUAUGGGAUUGUUUCUGGGGACUUGAUAUGUUUGGUUCUUGAAGAUGCCAUGUCGGCACCUAACUCGCCUCCAUCCACGGAUUCAGAGCAUUUCUCCAUCCCGAAUAAUGACCAACCCUCUCUGGCUGCCUCCUCCAGCCAGGCCAGCGUCCCAGAUGAACGACAGAGCGACUUGUUCCAAGGACAGGCAGCCCAGUCUGGUGUCGGGCAUGAUGACAGCAUGUCAGGGCCCAGUCAGAGUGUGGCAAUGGAGGCAGAGGAAGACGCUGUGGAUAUGGAAGAGGACUCCAGCUUCUGUCCCUCAGAACCGAUGCUGUGCAGUGAGGCGGCAGAAGGGCAGGUGCCCCACUCGCUGGAGACCCUGUACCAGUCAGCCGGCUGCUUGAGUGCCAGUGAUGCCCUGACGGUGCUGAUCCAUCUGCUGAUGGUGGAGUCGGGGUACCUCCCUCAGGGGACAGAAGCCAAAGCAGCAUCCAUGCCGGAGAAGUGGAAGGCGAGCGGUGUGUACAGGCUGCAGUACACACACCCGCUGUGUGAGGGCAGCACUGCCGUGCUCACCUGCGUGCCUCUGGGCAGCCUGGUCGUCGUCAAUGCUACACUAAAAAUCAACAAUGAAAUCAAAAGUGUGAAAAGACUGCAGCUGCUGCCGGCAUCCUUUAUUUGCACAGAGGAACCAGGGGAAAAUGCAGCUGAGGUAUACAGAGGUCUUCAGAAGCUCUCCCGGCUCUUCAAAGACCAACUGGUGUACCCACUCCUGGCUUCCACUCGGCAAGCCCUGAACCUCCCGGAUGUGUUUGGCCUGGCUGUCCUCCCCUUGGAGCUGAAGCUGCGGAUCUUCCGCCUCUUGGACGUCCGCUCCGUCCUGUCUCUGUCUGCGGUCUGUCGCGACCUCCUCAUGGCAUCGAAUGACCCGCUGCUGUGGAGGUGUUUGUACCUACGGGAUUUUCGAGAUGGCUCUGUCAGAGUUCGAGACACAGAUUGGAAAGAACUGUACAAGAAGAGGCACAGACAAAGGAAGGAGGCUCAGAGGGUGCGGUACAUGAAGUUCCUGCCGCCGCCCCCCCACCCCAUCCCGUUCUACCCCAGCCCCUUCCCCCCCAGUUCACUCCUCCCUCCGGGGAUCAUCGGGGGCCAAUACGACCAGCGACCAACACUUCCCUAUGUUGGGGACCCAAUCAAUUCCCUCAUCCCUGGGCCUGGAGAGACACCAGGCCAGUUUCCCCCUCUCAGGCCUCGUUUUGACCCGAUCGGCCCCUUCCCGGGAUCCAGCCCUAUGCUGCUUGGGCGAGGUGGCCCAGGGGACAGGUCCCCCUUCAGGCCAGGCCGGGGCCGGGCCUCUGACAGCCGGAUGUCGUUCAUGUGACCGGGGUGCGGCCCGCUCUCCCUGACAGUUCUGGGAAAGCUGUGCUCCCGGAGCCUUUGCUAGGCUGGCCUUGGGGACGAGCGGCGCUGUGGCUGCCCUGCCGACUCCCGGAGCAGGGCCUGGUGUGUGUCCUGUACCGCAUUAAACCAAAGUGUCA